CAGACACAAUAUCAUCAUCAUCAUCAUCAUCAUCAUCAUCAUCAUCAAUUCUCUCACAACUCAGAAGAUGGAGAAAAACUGCGACUUGGAACUUCGUCUCUUUCCAACAUCCUCUUAUGAUACCGAUUCAGACACCUCUGUGGUAGAAUCAAGAAGCUCUGGAAAUUCACUACCAAAGGAAGAAGAAUCUCAGAGGAUAACAAUUUUCUACAAUGGAAAAAUGUGUGUUUCUUCGAAUGUUACCAAUCUUCAGGCUAAAUCUAUAAUAUCGAUCGCGAGUAGAGAAAUGGAAGAGAGGUCAUCCUCAAACGGGUCGGAUCCUCGGGACAGGCUGACCCGAUUACAUCAUCAUCACCUUCCGAAUCCAAAGGCUUCAAUGAAAAGAUCUCUCCAAAGUUUUCUUCAGAAACGGCGGAUGCGAAUUCAAGCCACUUCACCUUACCAUCAGCAUUCACGCCGAUAGUGUUUUUAUUUGACAUCGCUUAGCAGUUUUGUGUUUAGUAUGUGUGAUCCAAAAGUAAAUUCAACUAUGUUAUAUUUCUCAUGUGCGCUUGGUCCUGAUUAGGGAGGUACUCCCAACACAAACACACAUUUAAUCCCAAGAUUUUGAUUAUGAUUUUA